AGCGGCCGAUGGUUGUUCAGUCCACGGGCGUUGUUGUACAGCGUCUGCCAUUUUGAUUAGAAGUACUUUGCGCAGUAGAUGGUCUAAACUGGCUCUCCGGGAUAGACAGUAGUACUUUUAAUCAAGGCCACACUCCUGUAGGCAAAAUGCUCUCCGCAGCCCAGUUGCUCGACGAGUUAAUGGGCCGAGACAGAAACUUGGCCCCUGACGAGAAGCGAUCCAACGUGCGCUGGGACGACGAGAGCGUUUGUCGAUACUAUUUGUGUGGCUUCUGUCCAGCCGAGUUAUUCACAAACACCCGCUCUGACUUGGGUCCCUGUGAGAAAAUCCACGAUGAAAAUCUUAGAAAAACGUAUGAGAAAAGCUCCCGGUUCAUGAAGGAGGGCUAUGAGCGAGACUUCCUGCGCUAUCUGCAGUCGCUCCUGGCAGAAGUGGAAAGACGCAUUCGUAGAGGACAUGCCCGGCUCGCGCUCUCUCAGGCUCAGCAGAAUGCAGGGCAGGGUCCUGGCCCGUCAGGAAAGAAUGAGGAGAAGAUCCAGGUUCUAACGGAGAAGAUUGAAGACCUCGUUGUACAGAUUGAGGAAUUGGGAUCCGAAGGCCGAGUGGAGGAGGCCCAGGGAAUGAUGAAGCUGGUGGAGCAGCUGAAGGAGGAGAGGGAGCUGCUCAGCUCCACCCCCUCGACCAUCGAGAGCUUCGCAGCCCAGGAGAAACAGAUGGAGGUGUGCGAGGUGUGUGGGGCCUUCCUCAUCGUGGGUGACGCACAGUCCCGAGUGGACGACCACUUGAUGGGAAAGCAGCACAUGGGCUACGCCAAAAUCAAAUCCACUGUAGAGGAGCUCAAGGAAAAACUGCGGCGCCGUUCCGAGGACCCCCAAGGCGAAAACCCAGCACUCAGACGGGACAGAGAAGACCGCGAGCGCGAGAGAGAGGAAAGGGAGAAGAAGCGCAAAGAGGAGGAGGAGAAGGAGAAAGAACGAGAGAAGGAACGGGAGAAGGAGAGGGAACGUGAGAGGGAGCGCGAGCGCGAGAGGGAGAGAGACAGAGAACGGGACCGAGACAGAGAUCGAGACCGGGAGAGGGACAGGAGGGCACGCCGGAGCCACUCCAACAGCCGCCACUCCAGUCGGGCAUCAGACAGGAAACGGAGCAGAUCCCGUGAUCGCCGGAGGUCCAGGAGCAGAGAUAAGGACAGAGAGAGGGACCGAAAACGCAGCAGGAGUCGGGACAGGGAGAGGCGGCGCAGUCGUGACCGCUCCGACAGAAAGCGUCGCUCACGCAGUCGUGACAGGAGAAGGUCGCGCAGCUCGGAGCGCAAGUCUCACCGCCACCGCAGCCGUAGUCGCAGCAAGGACAGGGACAGAGACAGAGAACGGUCGUCGAAAGACAAAGACCGUAAGGCGACAGAGGAGAGGAGCAGCUCUAAGAAAGACAAGCACUCUGACGGUGAUGCAGCUGCCAUCAAGGCUUCGUCAGAAGUGGAACCGAUGCAGACGGAGGCGGCUGCCUCCUCCCCUCUGCUUAACGGCCAGCAAGAGCUCCUCCAUUCUGAAGGUGACACUCAGUCCAAUUAAAACUGAUCUGAUAGGACCUCAGAUCAGGCUCAGGGGAAGCUGGGAUAUUCUGGUGGAGGAAGAAGCGGAAGAGCGCACCCAUCCUUACCCUGAACCUGACACCUCGCUGCUUAAAAACAAGGUGAACCACAAAUGCGUAGUGGCUUAUUUAAAAACAUGAACAUAAAGUACACAUGUCAAUGGGGAGAGAGGAAAAAAAAAAAAGAAAAUUUCACUGAUUUUUUUUCUUGUUCCAUCACCUGUCUUAUGUUUUGGUUGGUUGAGGGUAGUUGUGGUUCAUCUGAUGUUCAUCUGAUUUGUUGGUCUAGAUGUCGGCUCAGACGUCACUUUAAAUACCAAACUUAGAGAAGUUCUUUAUGGGUUUUUGUUUUUCUUAUUUUUUGAAAAUCUCCUUUCUUGACAUUUAGUGAAAAUGAAAUAAAAAAAGUCAGUGCUUGUGGUCUGUAUUGGUUUGUCAGGUUCUACUUCACCUCCUGAGCCCCCCACCCCCUUUUUUAAGAAGUCAGUUGAAAGCGUAUGUACAAUGUUAGACCCUUGACAGCGAGUGUCUCUUUUCUCCUCCACUUAGAGCUCACAUUGAUCGCUCUUGUCCGGUUACUGUAAAAUAUUCUGAUUUAAUUUUGAACAAAAGAUUUUGAAGACUGAAGAUUUGUUUAACUUUUGCCCUGAUUUUAAUGUCCUUGUUGUCAUGAUGAAUAAAAAGUAAAAACUUG